AUUCCCAAGUCUUUCAGGCUCGAUCGAGGCUCGCGCACUAGAGUGCGCUGGGAAGGUCUGUUGACUCCGGUCCCGAUCCUUAGCCUUAGCCUAACCUAACCUCUCGGGAUCAAACAAAUAUCUUCAUUCGAGUCCAGACCUUUACACACGCCCAUAGCAUGCCGAAUCUAUGCACUCUCAUGGUUCAGCGCUCACCGAUUCAUCUAAUUUCCUGCACUCAUUUUGCCUCUUCGUUUGCCUUGCUUUUGAUAUGAGAGUUGACCUUCAUUUCAGCUCACGUCUCUCUCGGUCUCCACAUUUUAGCGCGACUAUACGAAGGAGCAGCCUCCUGUUCACCCUUUUACCCCGGCUUCGUUUUGCUACAGUCUCAAGAACGGGGUCGCCAUCUUGGCUCUCCACGCCAGAAUGCUUGAGGAAGACUGGUAUAUACUAUAUGCCACAUAACGGUCCGUUAGAAAUUCGAACCACCCAACAGCGUCCAGCAAGAUACUUUGGACUAUGUACCACGUUUGUAUUAGCCGGAACGAUGGAGUCGACAACGACAUCGGGGUUGACCUUAGUGUGGUGGCCGAAGAUCUGGCGUCGGGCGUUUCUGAAUCGUCUCCUGAAGUGGAGACAAAAGGGCUUUCGCACUCAAUGCCCCCAAGCGACCUUUCUUGGCACCGCGAAAGAUUACAUUGCGCAGGGUGUGAAGGGGCUCCACGCUGGGUGCGAUAUUGGUGUUGCUCGAUCAAUACCUAUUACCCCAGCAGCACGAUUUUUACGUUGGCUGAAGUAGCCGUUUUUGGUAGUAGGAUAAUCAGGAGACCAAAUCGCACGUAUUUAUAUCGCUGAU